GAAUGUUAACAAGUGAAGCGGAUGGAUCCGGAAUGAGACGGCCCGGGAACGAGAAUAAGAGUGACCGCAGCUUCUGUCAUGUGUGAUACGGUGAAAACCGGCCGCUCAGCUGAUCUCUCCCGCCGGAGCGGUGCUCCGCCUCCAACUCUUUUACCGGAACCGGAGCGUUCCGGCUUGCUUUCACCCCUGGUGACAAGUCUGAUCCAGCUGGACUUCAGGUCUGCACAUAGAAGGGGGCGUGUCUAACGACUCCGUUGUUCGCCUCUCAUUACAGCGGCAGGCGGGACUUUUGCGGAUAAAUGUCUUCCAAAAAAGGCCACAAGCUGACCAAGGCUCAGCGAGCACGGCAGCAGAAGGAGGAGGAGGAGAGGAAGCAGCGAGAAGAAGAGGAAGCUCGGCUGCUGGCACAAAGACAAGAACAGGAGCGAAUCGAGAGAGAGAAAAAGCUGAAAGAGAUCCGACGGCUGGAGCUGAAGGACGAGGAGCGCAGAGAGGGGGAGCUGGAGGAGCUGCACCACCUCCUGCAGGAGAACCAGGAAAAAGCAGCUCAGUGGAAAACCAACACUGCAGAGACUAUCAAGUGGGAGCGAUACAUGCGCUGCGACAGCGCUCCAGACCCGACUGAGCAGCGCGACAUCAACACCUACAUCAGCUUAUGGAGAGACGACCCCGAGGUCAACAUCACUCAGGUUCUCAGGCAAUGCCACUGUGCUCUGCAGCUGACUGAGGAGCUGGAAGUUCUGCUGGAAGAAGUUUCUGACCCUCAAGAGGCACAAAAGUUUCAGGAGAGUUUUGUAAAUCUGCAGGAGAUAAUCCAUCUGAAACACACGCUCGCUGCUGAGGAAAUCCUCAAGGCAGCCAAUAAAAACAUAAACCCUGAAACAGAAAACAUGCAAACGGAGAUCGCCGAUGACAACGUAACCUUGAGUCUGUGGGCCAACCUCAGGAAGAGAAAAAGGUUUAAGGGUUUCCACUUUGAGAAAGCAGGUCUUGGUUUUGAGCUCCCCAAGUCCCUGGCUGUGAAGGACAUUGCAGUUCGGAUCCUCCACACACGCUAUGAUCACCUGUCUGUGCUGGCCAGGAUGACUCCCAAGGCCACCCACACGCCCACCUGCAGUUCUAUUGGGAGGAGCAAAGAAAGUCUGGGGGGUGUGGCCUCAUCUGUGAUGGAGAAGAAAGAGAGCCUGAAGGGGGAAGUUGGGGAAUCGGAUGAAGUGCAGUCCAUCCACGGGUCAGAGGGCGGGAAGAGUUCAGAAAGUCUAGGAUCAUCCAAAAACACUUCAGGGUCUUGGGAGAGCAGAAGAAGCCAUGUUCUCACUCAGAUGGAGAUGAUUGGAGCCGACAGUGACCCGACUGCAACCCAGUUCACAAAGACGGGCUCUGAUGAGGCGGUCGAUCUAAUGAAAUACACGCCUCUGGGCGGAGUUUUCUACUAUGGUGUGUUUCAUCUUCCACCUCAAGCUCAUCUAGUCAAUCAUUGGGAAAUUCGAGAGAUUGUGGACUCGGGAUUGAAGGUGUUCCUCUACAAUCCAGAGGCGUCCAGCUCAGAUGACAGCGAGGCCUCAGACAGCCCUCAUGUUGGAGUGUCUGUGAUGCUGCCUGACUGGGUGCUGUUCCUGAAAACGCCAAAAAUAGCCCUUUGGGACGCUGCAGGAACGCGGUGGGUGGGCGGCGUCAUGGACUUUACCCAUCAGGAGGCUGAAGCCAAAGUCUCCUUCAGGAUGCCGUCCUUUCAGCCGUUUGUGCUGAUGCAGGAGACGUACGCCAACCUGCCGUUUCAGAGCUGGGAGCUGCGGCCGCUGAGCAACAACUCUGCAAUGUUCUCCAUCCAUGGGGCUCUUCUCCCCCUCAGCAUCACCGUACAGGAUAAUCUGUGCAUGCUGCAGUCGGAUCAGGAGCGAGGCUUCGCUCACAUCCUGGGGAAGUGGAUGAGCAGGUCUGCCCUGCAGAGAGCCAUGGUCAAAGCGGGGAUAAACAUCUUUGUGAAUGAACACACCGACAGAUACGUCAGCACCUGCAGAAAGGAUCCAAACACAGAACUUGCUGCCUAUGAACAGAUGGCUCUGUUUGCAUCUGCCUGUGCGUUCUCGUGGAGCAGAUGGAACACAAAGUGUGGAGAUGAGGGUCUGGUCAUGCAGGUGUGUGAGCACCUUUCCCCCACCCCCGUACCUGAAGGACUGUGGAGUCUGUACCUGUUAGGCGCUCAGAGGGUCCAAAGACUGGAGAUGACAGAGAAGAGCGAGACUUUCUCCGUGGACCAUCAUCCCGGCAGCGAGUUCCACUCCACCUUCAUCCACAUGCUCCGGGACCGCAUGAGUCCUGAAGGAGCAGCCAGAACCAGAAAGUCUGGAUUCCAGUUUGUGGAGGCUGUGCAGGGCCUCCUCUGUUCUACCAGACCACUGCGUUUUUCCUCUUGACAGUACAACAGAAAAGCGCCGUGAUGAAUAGGCUACUUUAUUUGUGCAAAGAACCACGCCAUCUUUGGACCAUACAAAAGUGUAUGAAGUUACAUAAAAGAAUAAAAACAAAAUUGUUGCUGCUGACAUUCUAUCGAGUAGAAUUUGCAGAAGCAGCUGAAGGUUUGAAUCCCUUAAGCUGCAAAGUUUAAAAUAGUCUUCUUUCAAAACAAACUCUUAAAUAUUCAGACACUUUCAGAGAUUUGUCCUCAGUGUUUCUACCAAACAUGUAAAAAUGUCCUCAGUGUUCAAGGAGGAAACGGUUAAAUAAAGUCUGUGAAAUGUG